UGUCUAUAUGACAUUUUGACUGAAGACACGUUUGUUUGAUUGAUAAUUUGUUUGUUUACAAAGGGAUUUGUGAAUUUAGCGUAGUUUCCGUGAGUAAAUAUUUUGAUUUCCUGAAAACAUGGAAAGGAAGAAGAGGGUUCGUCGCGCCAACUAUACCGCAGAAGAAAGAACAUUGUUGGCGGAACUCGUGACAAAAUACAAGCAUAUUAUUGAAGACAAAAGAAUUGGAGGAAUUUACAUCAGAAAAAAGAAAGAGGCCUGGGGAGUUAUCAAAAACAAAUUCAACAGUAAUUGUACGACUGGUCCUAGAGAGGUCGAGCAUUUAAAGGCACUCUAUGAUAAUAUGAAACAAAAAUCACGUAAGACUGUUGCAGAAAAUAAUAAAAUGGAAUAUAUGAAUAGUAGAGUGCAGGAUAUUGUGAAGCAGGAAGAUGUAGAAAAACCAUUUAACAAUUUUACAGAAGAUAAGGUACAAACAAACAAAACAGGCGAAGGUGUCUGGAAGCCGAAAUCCACAGACUGUGAUUCCAAAACGUUAGCAGUCAUACAAGUCGAAGUAGAACCAUUACCAAACCCGUAUGAUAGUGAUGCUGCUUAUUUUAAAGAAAUGGACCCCUUACAUGAGUCGUUGCCAUACACUCCAGAAUCGGAUGAAAACAAUAUGUCCGAUAGCACUCAUAUAGAGUUAAUCCCAGCUGAGAGUACAGUUGUGCAGGAUGAUCAAGAUCUUUAUUUUUCAGACCAAGGCGUGCCCAAAACUAUCACAAGAAAAGUGAUAACUCCAUCUCGGGGUAAAUUUGUGAAGAAGAAACUAGUGCCCAAGAAAAUUAUAAAGGAUAAUUCUGUAGAGGCUCUUAAGAGGCUUUAUUUCAAGAAAAAAAUACAAAAUGCCCAAAUGGAGCGCAGGAAGUUAGCUCUUGAAAUUUUGUUCAUGAAAGAGGAACACAAAUUAAAAAUGGAAAUCUUAGAAAAUACAAUUUUAUAAAAAAUCUGUUUCGCUACUUA